AUGUGUAUGGCAGAUGACAGCUUCGGCCGACGAGUUCCAUUUGCAUUUUUGCAAGACAUUAAGGAACGAUUUUUAGCCACUUAUUCCAAGGAUAGAAUUGACGAGGCGCCAACUUAUGGUCUAAACGAAUUUUGUAAAGUUAUUGCAAAACAGAUGGAAUAUUUUUCAUCUAAUCCGGAAGCUGACAGACUCAAAAAAGUACAUGGAGAAAUCGAGCAAGUCAAAGAUGUUAUGGUUCAUAAUAUUGAACGUGUUCUAGAACGUGGUGAAAGAAUAGAAUUAUUGGUAGACAAGACAGAUAAUCUUAACCAACAAGCAUUCGCUUUCAAGAAACGAAGUACCGCUUUGAGGCGAUCAAUGUGGUGGAAAAAUACCAAAUUAUUGAUCCUUAUAGGAUUUGUCUCUCUAGUAAGUUUUCUAAUUGUUAA